AUGGAUAAAACAGAAUGGAUUUUCCCCUUGAAGAAUAAUCGCCUCGACCUGAGGAUGGCCACAGCUGUUUCCAACUGCUUGCUGGAAGCAGGUAUCCCGUGUGUACUAUGGGGAAACUGGCUGAUGAGUAUCCACGGAGUAAAUGGUGGUUCGAACUGUGUUGAGUUCGUCGUUCCAGAUGAGUCGAUCGAGGCCGCCGCAGGCAAAAUUUCUACCAGCAGCGGCCUCCCACGGUGCUCAGACCCCAACUGCGAUAUGCUUCCUGAAGACCGCGGUUCGCGACCCCCAGCAGCACAUUUUCAUCUUGAUGAAGAUCGUGGUACCGGCUUAACUCUUGACCUUCACCUGAAGUCCACUACACUUGGUUUUAUUCCAAGUCUUGUGUUCCAGCCCCAGUCUGAGAAGGAGGUGCCAGACAUUAUUGAGGCUUCCGAUCCGAGCAUUCCCUUAUUCACAAGUGAAGGCGGGCCCACGGGCCGGUUACAGGGUAUUCCGAUUUCUAUCUACAUUCCGAGUUUACACAUUUUGACUGAAGCUUGGAUCCGGGACUCUGUUACGGCUAAAAACGAAUCUCAUGGUGACUUCGCGGAUAUCAUGGUGGCUGAGAUUCUGAUGUAUGCGGACAAGUACGAACCGGUGAACACAUCGCUCAUGGAACCGAGAAUAGCGACUUAUUUUCUGGGCUUGAGAAACCGUGGAAAGCAUCUCAAAUCACAUCGAAAAAUGUACUCAGACCUCAAGUCUGCCUUUUCUGCUGACGGCGAAAUGAUUCCUGAAGUUCCGUUACCUCCACGGAAAGACGACUCUGGAAAUGAUGCCCUGUGA